CCAGUCUUCUGUUCCCCUCUUACUACUUGCAAUAAGUAUCAAGAACACUUCAUCAUGAAUACCUCACUUGCUAGUAUUCGCCCUUUGAUGGAUGGGAAAUAUCACUUGGUUUCUCGCAAUACAGAUGGACAAGCAGUUCCAUACUUGAGUGUGGUUGAAGGACAAGUCAUUGCAACUUUGGAGACGCGCACGGUUUGGUAUUUCGCGUACCAACAAGAUCGAGGAAGCUACCGAAUUUGGCAAGACGGCACAGAGAAUGUCCUGGAUUCUACCCAAAACGCAUAUAGCCCUACGCUCGUCUUGAAGCAUCACGGUGAAGACUGGCAGCAAUGGGCCGCAAGGUUGCAGAUUGAUGGCACGCGCCCAGUUAACGAUCCUCGACGCUCCAUGGGAUUCACCUUGACUCCCCUAAAUUUUCCUCAAAAUGUACUUGCUACGGAGGGUUAUGGCGAUAAAAUGUUUGUAAAGGUUUUGCCAGCCAUAUUCAAUGGUGAGCAUAUUAUGCCAAGACAGCUUUGGGUUGCGAUACCUGUUUGA